GAUGAGGUUUGUGUUUUCCAUUUCGGGUUGCUUCCGAGUUUCUCCAGUUUUUCCUCUCCAGAAGGAUCCCUUCGACGAGACCACACAUACAUCAUACAAGUUUCCUCAGAAAGCAGCACUUGUACCUAAAAACAUCAGAAUACGCCUGCUUGAAAACUGCAUCUGAGUGUACCUCAACCCCCAUCAUGACUGUCAACCACCGACUCCUCGAUAGCCUGACCUACCCCGGGGGUAUUCCACCAUAUCAAUGCUUCGAUGUUUACAUUCCUUUGGCGGCACCUCCGAAGCUCACUCAACUUGUAACUUAUGUCCAUGGCGGAGCAUGGAGAGCAGGAGAUAAAGCAGACAGGCACUCCGUCGGCCUGAUCGGGAACCUCUCAAGUCAGUUUCCUACAGCAGCAAUCUGCUCGGUGAACUAUCGCCUAUCAACCGGCAAGGUAAACCCCGAGAGUGAUGUCAAACAUCCAACUCACAAUGCGGAUGUGGCAAGAGCGAUCGAACAUGUCAAGACCCUCCCGGAGCUCAAAGAUAUCGACGAAACCUAUCUUAUCGGCCAUUCAGUCGGCGCUUUCAUUUGUCUUUCGCUCGCCGGAAUCUUGGAGCCUCCCUCGCCAGAAGCACCUCGCCUCGCCCCUUCCACUUGCAAGAAUAUCCGUGGCUUGAUCCUGCUCGAUGGUAUCUACGAUCUUGUAAAAUUACUCGAGGAAUAUCCAAGUUAUAACGAUUUCGUCGCAGGGGCCUUUCAAGAAAAAGACAUUGAUCGAUUGACUUAUUUGGAAGAUGUCAGCCCACUAUCUUGGUCGUCAUCAACAGUUAAUCCAACGACUUGUCCACGAAUUUUGAUCUUACAUUCACGCCAGGACUCCUUGUUGACUAUUCGACAAUCAGAGUUGGCAGCCAUUAUCUUAGAAUCUAAACUUUCGUUAGGGAAUAAGCUAGAAAGCGAUUUCGAAAGUGUUUCAGGCGACCAUGACGACUUACUCCUUUCACCAGAACUGGCAUCUCGAAUUAAAUCCUUCAUAGCUGGUAGUAAAUAGUUUGAAACGUGUUAUCCUUAGCUUCAGAAGCACUCGGGCCCCUGAAUGCUGGCCCAUUUAUUCUCAGUCCAAAAUUCCUUGACGCGAGAAGUUAUGGUCUGAAAUAAUCAACGU